AUGUGCAGUAUACUUCAUUUAACUUAUUAUAAUACUGAUUUUACAAUCCAUUCAAUUAUUACAAUGAAAUCUUCGGUAAUUAAAAUACAUAUUGUCAUUUUAUUUGAUGGUAAUCAACGUUUACAAUAUUUGAAUAGUUUACUUAAAUCAAUAUUUUAUUAUCAAAAUGAUAGAUUUCGUUAUGAUAUAAAAUCUUGUUGCUAUGCCGAUUUUUGUGAUCGAUUUAUCAUCAAUGAUCAUGUUCAUGAUAAUCAUAAUCAAAUUGUUCUAAACCCUAUGGCAACAACAUAUAUAACUGUAUUACAUUUCUUAGUAACUACCAUUACAUCCAAUAGACGAUUGAUGAAUUUCAUGAAUACAUGGAAAUUACGUAAUAUGGAAUAUUAUUUUUACAAUUGUAGCAGUUAUCUGGCUAAUCUUCAAUGGAUUAAUUCUAGACAUCCUGCAGGGGCUAAACCAUUUUUAAAACUAAUGCUUACAGAGAUCCUACCAACUAAUAUCAGUAAAGUUAUCGUACUUGACACUGACAUACUUCUUAACACAGACAUUAUUGAAUUAUGGAAUCAUUUUGAAAAUUUCAGUCAAACUCAGAGCAUAGGUAUUGGAUUAGAACAAAAUCCACAUUUUCAAGAUAUGAUGCCAAAAUUAGAAAGUGAAUGGGAAGGUUAUGGGUAUAAUAAUGGUGUACUAUUAUUUGAUCUGUCUAAAAUACGAUUAACAUUAUGGAAUGAGCUAUGGAUAGUUAUAACGAGAAAUGCAUUAAAUAAUCAUGGUUACUUAAUCACUGGAGAACAGGAUAUUUUGAAUCUGGUAUUAUUUGAAUUUAAACAUCUUUUAUAUGAGAUACCAUGUGAAUGGAAUAUUCAAUUAAGUCAAGGAAGUGAUCCACAUCGAUGUCCUGUAAGUUGGUUAACUUAUACAGAAUUAAAAAGACGAAAUUAUACAACAAGAUAUAAACAACCAAAACUUAUACAUAUUAAUCAUCUUAUCAAACCAGAUAAUGUAUUCCUGGAAGAGAUCUCAAUUGAAUACAUUAAUCAUUUGGAUAUCCUUCUUAAACAGCAUGAUCUAUAUUACAAAUUCGUAUCUGUAUACCGUCAAUAUACAAGAUUACAUGUGUCAUGUUUCCGAUAGAUUCAAUUGAAGAAGCAAUCAUUUUGAUGGUGAUGUUUUCAAUCAUGUGACUUAUAUACCAUUCUUUGUUCUGAAUGAAUAGAGUUGAUUACCUUUUAUUUUUGUAUCUAUAUAAAUACACUUCCAAUAA